GUGCAUGUGUGUGUGUGUGUGCAGUCAGAUCCUUGUGCAAAUGCGCAGCGAAAAAGACCUCCCCGGUUUGCAUUGGUUCAUUGUUUUGGAGUCUAACCUGUGGGUCGGUGCACCGCGGUGAAAAGCAUGAAAACUGGGAUCCAGCAGCUCCAAGGACGUGUGAGAGGAAGGUGUGCACCAUUGAGCUGAACCCUCUGGGUGAGCACAGGCUGUCGAUAAGGAACCAUGUGCAGCACCCUGAGCCCCAAACAUCCCGGGGGCCCCGGCCUCACAGACAUGCAGCAGUACCAGCAGUGGCUCGCCAGUCGACAUGAAGCCAGCCUGCUGCCCAUGAAGGAAGACCUGGCCCUGUGGCUCACGCAUAUUCUCGGUCUGGAAAUCACUGCUGAGAGUUUCAUGGAUCGCUUAGACAAUGGCUUCCUGUUGUGCCAGCUGGCUGAGACACUCCAGGAGAAGUUCAGGCAAAAUAAUGAAGACCUGCCUGCAUCUCGCGACAAAAAGCAUAGUAUUCCCUCUCGGAGGAUACCUUGUCGGCAGAGCGCUCCCUCUGGUUCCUUCUUUGCACGGGACAACACGGCCAACUUCCUGUCCUGGUGUCGUAAGGUUGGAGUUGGAGAAACAUGUCUGUUUGAAUCGGAGGAUUUAGUUCUUCAUAAGCAGCCCCGAGAAGUGUGUCUCUGUCUUCUAGAGUUGGGACGGAUAGCAUCACGGUACAACGUGGAGCCUCCUGGCCUCAUAAAACUGGAGAAAGAGAUUGAACAGGAAGAAAAAGCUCCUCCACCACCUCCAUCACCUGUAUCCCCAGCACCGCCCCUUCCUUCCUCUCCCUCUUUAUCUCCCUCCCCGUCUCCUACCCCAUCACCGACUCCAACUAAAGUCGCCUCCAGCAAGAAAAGCACAGGGAAGCUGUUGGAUGAUGCUGUGAGGCAUAUUUCCAAUGAUCCCCCCUGCAGAUGUCCGAACAAAUUCUGUGUAGAGAGACAUUCCCAGGGUCGAUACCGUGUUGGGGAGAAGAUGCUUUUCAUCCGGAUGCUGCACGACAAGCACGUGAUGGUGCGUGUUGGCGGAGGCUGGGAGACUUUUGAGAGCUAUUUGAUGAAACACGAUCCGUGCCGCAUGCUCCAAAUCUCCCGGGUGGAGGGCAAGUCGUCCCCGAUCUGCACCAAGUCUCCCAACAUCAAGGACCUCUCCCCUGACAGUUACCUGGUGGUGGCCUCCCACUACCGCAGCAAGAAGUGAAGACAUGAGACUGAAACUCUUCAUUCAUAAAAGGAGGGGGACUUCCUGCCAUUGUUUACUCUCUUAUGGACGUGGCUAUAUAACCUGUCCCUGUUAUUUUACUUAUUAUGGCUACAGACACAACUGGUGUGUGUGAUAGUAGACAGCAGUUAGACAAUUUCCCUGAGCUUAAUGUUUUGUUUACCCCAUUUUUUGAUUUGCCUUUUGGCUGAUAUUGUAAUUCUUAUUGCCUUAACAGUACAUGAAAUACUCAGACGGAUUUACUGGUCCUCACACAAAUUGCAAAUUAAACUAUAUAUAUAUGACAUUUGAAGAAUAGGUGGAAACUUUACAGUCCAAAGAAAUAUACUUUACAAACUAUUUACAUGUCCCAUAGAAACCAAACUGGUCAUAAAAUGUUAUGGCCCUUUUCUUCAUGAUGUAUUUUUUUAUUAGGCUUAAGCAGAGCUUAGACUGUUUACAUGUUGAAUGAUUCUUCAAUGAAAUGCAUUUUUAUACUAUUUCCAUUUUUUCUUUACUCAUUAUUCAUUAUUAGGAUUGCUCCUGUUUUAUAUCAUUUCUAUUGUAAGUGCAUGAGCAAUCACCCGUUGCACAAGUUGCAACAUGUAGUGAAACAGAUCCUCAUUGAUUUAGGAUUGAUAAUUAUAUAGUCUUACUUUGAGGUUUUGCAAUUCUUCAAUUUGUUGUGUAUUACUGACCUCUAGAGGUAGUGCAGUCAUUUAAACUUGAACAUCUCAAUUCAGUUUCUUACAAUUAAUAGAUUCACACCUCAUCAUUCAAUUUAAUUGUUUGUGACAUUUUUACCUGGAAAAUGAAUAUAUUUUUGGCAUGAGAUCACUUGCUAUGCAAACAGCUUUGUAUGUAAAGUAGAUGGGUCCAAUUUCUGUUUUAGAUGUACAUUUUCAAUAAAUUUGAAUCUUCAUAAUUUGAAAUAUC